CAGCAUUGCCUCGCUGUGAAAACAGGCUCGGUCCGCAGCGGGUUCGGCCGUUAACGGGGGACGGGACCGGAACCGGGUCACGGGUUCUGGAACAUCCGAACCCUGGGAUUUCUCCUGCAGGUCAAACAUCGGGCUGCGGCAGCGGGGAGAUGCCGUUAAGUGAAGACUUAAAGCGGCAGGAACCCGAGCGAUGCGUCGCUUCUUUAAACCGAACCCAGAAUAUAAUCUGAAACAUUCUGAGUGUUUCUGCUUCUGCACCGAGGAAGCGUGGCAAAAAUCACAACCCGUGACAACAGCUUCAAUCCCGCCCCGAGGGGAAAUCUGCGUGAUGAAUUCGCGCUGAUCACGUUGUCUCGGUCCUGUCUGCGUGAUUCGGCGAGAUCUGGUUUGUUGAGACAGCUUUUUACAUCUGCAUCAUCAGUCAGUCUGGCCCCAUCUGACAGCAUAGUUAAAGCAAACUGAAGAUUCCUCCCCUGAUUUGAUGCUGCAAACAGGAACAGUCUGUUUGGAAGCAGGAUCUCCAUCACCUUCUGAUCCUGCUGUGAUGCUGGACGUGGUGAAAAUGAAAGAGGCCUGCAGGAUCUGCGCCCGGGAGCUUUGUGGGAACCAGCGCCGCUGGAUUUUCCAUCCCGGAGCUAAACUCAGCCUGCAGGUGCUGCUGUCCCACGCCCUGGGCUGCGAGCUGUGCAGGGAUGGCCGCAGAGAGUUUGCCUGCUCCAAGUGCACCUUCAUGCUGGAGCGGAUGUACCGCUUCGAUACCGUGAUCGCUCGGGUGGAGGCACUGUCCCUGGAGCGCCUGCAGAAGCUGCUGCUGGAGAAGGAGCGGCUGCGGCAGUGCAUCGGCGGUCUGUACCAGAGGAACAACCCGGAGGAGCCUAGUAUGGACCGGCCUGAAGACGCCUCUGUGGUUGAUCUGCCUGCCCUGCACGAUGUGAGCUACUCAGACCUGAUCCAGGAGGAUCUUGUGUUCUCUGUGUAUGAGUCCUGGGCAGAUAAAGAGGACCCUGCACUGGAUCAGCACCUCCACCAGUGCACAGGAGCAGAUUCUGGCCCGAAGCCCAGGAGGUGCCGGGGCUGUGCUGCGCUCCGUGUUGCAGACUCGGACUACGAAGCGGUUUGUAGGGUGCCGAGAAGAAUUGGACGCAGAAGCACCUCAUGCGGCCCGUCUACCCGCUGCUCAGCUGCCGCUCUAGGGGUGGAGGACCUGACCAGAACUUCAGCAACCUCUGAGGCAACAACUGUCCUGUUAGAUACUCCUUCAGCUGUGGUGGAGGCGGAUAAAAUAAGCCAUAGUCCUGCAUCUUCUGUGGAGUCUCUGGAGAUCCCUACAAACCAUAAAGUCAAGGAGGAACCUGAUUCAGAAGAGGUGGCUGUGAGAAGGGACCCCCUCUGGAGAAAAACCCAGAGUGAGUGCUCCCUCUCUGGGCUGGAGAUGCUUCUGAGCGUCCUGCGAGGCUGGGAGUACCGGCCUGUGAAACCCCCCAGGGGCAGCAAGCUCCCAGUUCUAGUAAAAGCCAAACUGGAGCAGAGCAUGUCCAUCCCAGUGAGGUCACCCUACGGAGGGGCUGGUCCCUGUGAGAUGUUCUCCCACCCAGCCAUCCCGGAGGUCGUGAUCCUCUGUCCAGAGCAGGAGCUGCAGGCGGAGCUGGCGGAGAUCGAGGAGCAGUGGCAGGAUGAUUACAUUCAGUGUGGCCCGUUCCGGUUCCAGCAGCGGCUGAUCAAUGAGCAGCAGGGUCAGCUCAGUCAGUACGAGAGCGCUGCAGGUCAGUGUGUAGGAGAGCUGCAGCAGGCCCAGAACCAGGUCCGAUCUCUGCAGGUCAAGAUCAAAGAGAGUGAGACUCGGAACCAGAAGCUGCAGGACCGUCUUGCUGAGAUGGAGUUACAGUUGCGUUCUGCCCAGGAGGAGGCCCAGCAGCAGGAGAGAAACAUCCAGAACUUGAGUGAUAGCAUGAACUCCAAGGAGACGGAGGUUUCUGAGCUGUGCAGAGUGAUCGAGGAGCAGAAUAAGAUGCUGUGUUCUCUCAGAGAGCUCGCCAACCACAGCCAGCUGCAGCAGCUGCAGCUCUCUGGUACCGAGGCAGCUCCGGGGCAGGGCGAGAUCCUGGCUCUGCAGGCGUCUCUGUUCCAGGCUCAGCUGGAGCUGCAGGCUGGUCAGCGGGCUCAGCGACAGGCAGCCCGUAUUCAGGAGGAUCAGAACCGAGCCCUGGAGAGGCUGGAAAGAGACCUGCAGGUGGUGCUGCAGCACAGGAGGGAGACAGAGAGACACAACCAGGAGCUGCAGCUGGCUCUACAGAAGGCUCGCUCAGCUCUGCAGGACAAGGAAGAGCAGCUGGGACAGAGCGAGCAUGACAGACAGAGGGAGAAGGAGGAGAGAGAGAGGAUCGUCGGAGAGCUGAGGACGUUCUUGCAGAUUAAAGAGCAGCUUGUUGAGGAAUACAGAGAGAUGUUGAAGGAACCGAAGGAGAACAGAGACUCUCUCCUUCAGAAGCUUCGGCAGCGAAUAACCAAGAGAGAUCGGGCGUUGGAGGCAGCUGUUGACAAGAAGUUUCGCUCCAUGGAGGAAAAAGAAGAGGAUACCCGUCGACUUCAGGUGCUGCUCCGAGAGAAUGAGCGUGAUUUGGAGAGGCAGCGCUGCGUCCUGGCCAACAACGAGGAGACCAUCGCUAGCCUGGAGGCGCUGCUAAGAGGGAAGGCUCUGGAGCUGGAUCAGGUGUCUGUCGCCUGGAGGAACGUCCAGAAGCAGCAGCAGGACGUCGAGGACCAGCAGAAACGAAUCCUGGGAGAAAGAGACUGCAUCAUUGAUCAGCUGCAGGCGGCGCUGCUCGCUCGCACGCAGGAGGCCCAGGAUCUGCGCUGCUCCCUACUUCCCCAGAUCCAUUCUGCUCCAGGCCAUGUUCUGGAAGAGCUUAAGGUCCGCCUCCAGCUUAAAGACCACCUCUUCCAGAAUGUGAUGUCUGACCGGACUCGUCAGGCCCAGGAGCACCAAGAGCAGCUCCAGGAUCUGCUCAGAACCAUCAGCACCAGGGACCAGUACAUUCAGGACUCAGCGGGCCGGCUAACCGAGGUUCUGAAUGAGCAGUCAUCGAGAGUCCAAGAGCUACGCAGUCAGCUGAGCUCAGGUUCUGGAUCCAAGCCUGUUGCGGCUCCAGAGCUGGCCUUGGAGGUCCAGGCAUUACAAGAGGAGCUGCGUUUGGCCCUGAUCAGGGAAAAGGAGAACCAUGAGGAGAGGAGGAAUCAGGCUGGCCAGCUGGACUCCUUGAGCAGGAGUCUGAAUGUAAAGGAUGAGAUGAUCAGGGGCUUUCAGAGGCAGUUGGUGGACCCCUCAGACCUCCCUCUGGUAGAGAGACUCACCCAGGAGGUCCAGGAGCUGAAGGAGAUACUGGUCCAGCAGGACGCUCCUCGGCCCGAUGGUGGGCAGCCUAUGUUUGGAGAGCUGAGCUGUGAGGAUGAAGGGGAGGCAGAUGAUCUGAAGAGUGACAUCGAUGAGAGUGUUGAUGAUGAGUCUGGUACCCAGGAUCUGCUGCUGGAUGGUGAGGGUCUGAUAGAGGUCAAACAGCUGGUGGAGCACAAACAGGUGCUGGAGAGAGAGCUGGGAGAGCUGAAAGGUCAGCUGGAGAAAGCUGGGUACUCCUCACUGUCUCAGAUGAGGAGAGCUUUGUUCAUCCUGCGAGCAGAGAACGAAGAUCUAAAGCUGCAGCUGCAAGAAGGACCACAACCUGACAGGAGACAGGCCGAGGAGCCGGACACUGUGCUGGAAGAUGAGGAGGAAGAAGAGGAGCUGGAUGUGACUGUGGAGGAGGAAGAGGAAAGCUCUGGCAUGUGGGAUGCUUGGGAUGGAGAGCUGUCUUCCUCUGAUGUUAGGACUCAGAGCCAUGAUGAUCAAAAGAUGGAGGAAGCCAACCAUCUUCUCACCAGCUCCUUACUGGACGAUGACCAGUCCAGUGAGCUGGUAGCCGAUCAGCAGCAGGACGCCUCAUCGUCCACACGUGAGACGACAGUUUGUCUGCAGCUGAAGAGCAGAGAGCUGCAGGAGAGGCUGAUGGUGUCCGAGGCUACGGUGCAGGCUCAGGCCGAGCAGCUCAAGGACUACAGAGAGCUACUGACAGAUGCAGCUGUGCAGCAGGACAGUAAGCAGAUCCAGGUGGACCUGCAGGACUUGGGCUACGAGACUUGUGGCCGCAGCGAGAACGAGGCCGAGAGGGAAGAAGCCAGCAGCCCAGAGUUCGAUGACCUGGAGAUGUGCUUGUCUCUGGACUGUGGCUCACAGUGGUGGCCUACCAGCAGCAGCAGCAGCUCCACCAAAACCACCACUCAGACCUCUGGUUAUGGAGACAACAUCCCGUCCCUCCAGCGCCUAGUUGAAGACCUCCGCUCGCAGCUGUCCCGCUCUCAGGGAGUGAUCCGGGGACUGCAGAGCCGCCUCUGCUCCCUCUCCACCUCCAGUGACUGCGAACCGUCGGCCCUCCGCAAGGUCAACUGGUCUCUCCAGGCCUCGCAGAGCGGAGCGGAGGACGAUGAGGGCUGGCAGUCGUCUGAUGGAGGAGCGCUGACUUCACAGCGUCACCAAGACAAGGACCUUCAGGAGCUCACUUCCAGAGUGGAUGCUCUGGAGGACCAGCUGAGGAAAGGUGGCAAGAUGAAGGAAGAUGGAAGCUCUGCAAACUGGCCGGGGAAAUUUGACUCGCUGAUCAAAGCUCAGUCCAGAGAGCUGUCCCACCUCCGCCAGCGACUCCGUGAAGGACGGGGCGUCUGCAGCCUCCUCAUCCAGCACCUAGGGGACACCACCAAGGCCUUUGAGGAGCUGCUGAGGGCCAAUGACAUCGACUACUACAUGGGUCAGAGCUUGAGGGAGCAGCUGGCUCAGAGCAGCGGUCUGGCUCAGCGGGUCAGCGCCAGGAUCAGUGGACGAGAUCAGUCUGAAGACGCAGAUGAGAAGACGGAGCUGCUCGCCAUCCGACUCAGUAAAGAACUGCAACAGAAGGACAAAGUCAUCGAGUCUCUCCAAGCCGAACUCAAGCAGCAUCAGGGUCAUCAUCGCUCUGACACGCCCAGCAGCAGCCACGCCCUCUCUGAUAUCACUGACCAAUCAGAUCGCAUCUCCUACGUGUCUGACGAGCACGGCUCCACCAACGAGGACUUGGUGUUGUGCUCUGACCCAGAUGCUGCCAGUGAGAUUGGACUGCAGGGAAUCAGGACUUCUACCAAAGCCAGCACAGACUCUCAGCGCGGUUCCACUUCACGCCAUCCAUCUGCUCCUUCAUCCAUCACCUCAUCCCAUCGCACCCAGUCCUGCCUCAGCUGUCCCAGCAUGCACCUUACCAGCUCACCACACAACACUGCAGACCUGCAGAGUCACUCAGCUCUUUGUCACCCUCCCCUCUCCUCCUCCUCCCUGAAACAGAGCACCCUCUUCCCCCUCCAUCUUUCCCCCAUGAAGCUGCAGCCACAAAGAAGCGAAGGGGCGGGUUUCUCUCUGGCUGAGGUUCACCAGGAGCUUCAGAUGUUACAGAAGCAGCUGACAGUCAAUGACAGGUUUUCCAGUCCCCAGUCCAGAUCUCUUCACGGGUUCCCGUUUGCCCACCAGCAUCCUGCAGACCCCUCCGGUGCCCUGCCUCUCUCUUACCAAGGAUUCCAGCCGUCUCCAUUCAGCAGCAGCAGCCUGGGAGGCAACAUGGCAAUGAAAGCUGGGGCAAGUCUGCUGGAGAGAAGUGCAUUGUGGGAAAUGCCCUUUGGAAAUAGACCGGCAAGAGCUGGAGCUGACCUGUCGUCGGGAUCAUCAGGGUACCAGUCAGGCACCAGCCGCACAGGUUCAGACCUGAUGACGGAGCAUCUGAGAGAAAUCCGCAGUCUGAGACAGAGACUGGAGGACUCCAUCCAGACCAACGAUCGCCUCCGGCAGCAGCUGGAGGUGAAACUGGCCCACGCCCCCAUGGAAAAAGGUGCUCCUACCAACAUCUACAUCCAGGGUCUGGACUCAGUCACCCAACUUUCCAGUGAGAUUAGACUCCUAAAGGAGGAGAACAUCAGUCUGCAGACCCAGCUCAAGCUCAGCAGAGAUGGCAGCAGAGAGGCACAGCAUCUAAGGGAGGUGGUCCUUCUGGAGCGUUCCAGGCUAAAGGAGGCGGAGCUAGAAACACAGAGAUGGGCGGAGCUAAGCAAAAAGCUGCAGGCUGAAGAUGGAGUUCGCUGCCAGGAGGUGGCACAGCUGAAACAGGACAGACAGAGAAGCCAAGAAGCCAUCAACAGGCUGCAGCAUGAGGCGAGUGUCCUCCGGCAGCAGCUGGACCAGAACCGCAGUUUGAUCCAGACGCUUCAGAAUGAGCUGCAGGAGGCAAACCGCAGAGUCUGUGAAGCCACAGCAAACACACACUCAGAUCAGGUGGUUAACAGCACUCUGCCAGGACGUCACACUGUGACCUUUGACCCCAAAGAUCUUCACACCCAGCUGGAGCAGCAGCUGAACGGUCAGGCCAACACUCCGCCUGCAGCCGGGAGGCGACUCUUCAUCGAUAAAGUUCUGUCUCCGCCUGUUAGAGACACCGGACUCAUUAGUCCUUCGUCUCCUCUACGAUCCGGGCCGAGAGCAGGUGAAACAGCUGAUACAACUGCCUCCACCCUUCAGAGUGGAGCUCCUGAUGGUUCUUUCACCAGACGACACGGCCACCCCGCCGUCGGCCACGUAAAGGACUUCAAGGCCCUGCAGCAGCAGCUCCUCGAAGGGACUUUCCUUGUUAUUCAGAUGGAGGACGCCCUAUGUUCUCUGAACGCCUUGCAGAGGCUUCAUCAGCCUUUCGACCCAGGAUGUGUCAGAAAUCUGCUGUCAGACACUAAAACUCUGAAACAGAUCCUGCAGGAGGCCGAGUCCCUGCUGCAGGUGACCUGCAGAGCAGGUCUGUCUGACCCUCAGGAAACCAAACAGGAUGAAUCCCUGAUUGACGAGGUUGUCUCUCUCCGUCUGAAGCUUUCAGAGCAGGAGCAGGCUCUAAAGGGUGCAAUGGAGAGACUGAGGACCUCCAACCUCACCAAAGAUAGCAUGGAGCAAUUUAUCGUCAGUCAGCUAUCAAGAACACGGGAUGUCCUAAAGAAAGCAAAGACCAAUUUACAGGAGAAUAAACUCAGGAUCUCCUCCCUUCACCAAGCUUCUGUCACUGUUCCUCCUUCCUCCCCUUCACCUCUUUCCUCCCCCCUGUCUGUUAAAGGUGAAAACCCAGGAAGCUUCGGUGAGCUCACCUCCUCUGCUGAUUGGAGUGUCCUGACAUCCUCAUCCUCUGCUGCCUGGAGACUGGCUACUCACCAGCGCCCCUUGCAGGUGGUCUAUCUGUAGCCCAGCAGCCUGACUCUGUGGCUGCAGCUGAAAAACCUGGAAAUGCGGCUUUUUUUAUGGACUUUACCUGAGUGCUACUAGAUUUUACCUCAGUGAUGAGGGUUUAUGGAUUUGUAUGACUUUAACAGCUGUAGAUUAAAGGUGAAGGGCAGCAACUGAA